CCACCCCCCCCCCCCUAAAUAUGCGGCACCGAAAACUCUGCUACAUUUUCUUCUCGGUUCUAAGCAAUGUACUUCUCCUGGCAUCCUCAAAGUCCACAAUCGAGCCUUGCUCGAACUCUGACUCCUGCAACGCGCUCCUCGGCUACAAGGUCUACACCGAACUCAAAGUCUCCGAAGUAGCUUCACUCUUCCAGGUCGACCCAAUCGCUAUCCUCACCGCCAAUGCCAUCGACAUUUCCUACCCCGACGUCGAGAACCACAUCCUCCCGUCCCAGCUCUUCCUCAAAAUCCCAAUUCUCUGUUCCUGCGUCGACGGCAUCCGGAAAUCUGUCUCGACCCACUACAAGACAAGACCCUCCGACACGUUAGCCUCCAUUGCCGACGAGGUUUACUCGGGGCUGGUGUCUGCGGACCAGAUAAGGGAGGCGAACUCGAUUUCGGACCCGUCGGUGCUCGACGUGGGGCAGACGCUGGUGGUGCCCUUGCCGUGUACUUGCUUUAAUGGGACGGAUAAUUCGCUGCCGGCGAUUUACUUGUCGUAUGUUGUGACUCCGGAGGACACGCUGGCGGGGAUUGCGGCGAGGUAUACGACUACGCUGACGGAUUUGAUGAAUGUCAAUGCCAUGGGGAGCUCGGCUAUUAAGCCUGCUGAUAUUCUUGCUAUCCCUUUGCCCGCCUGUGCAUCAAACUUUCCUAGCUAUGCUGCAGACUAUGGCUUAAUUGUGCCCAACGGGAGCUAUGCCAUUACAGCAAGUCAUUGCCUUCAAUGCAGUUGUGGUCCUGGGAGUCUCAAUUUGUACUGUGAGCCUGCUUCAUUAGCAGUUUUGUGUUCGAGCAUGCAAUGUAAAAACAGUAACCUCAUGGUCGGGAACAUUACAGCACAGCAAACUAGUGCUGGUUGCAAUGUCAGUUCUUGCAACUAUGGUGGUUUUGUGAAUGGCUCCAUAAUCACAACGUUGUCCACCUCUCUCCGGCCUCGCUGUCCAGGACCUCAACAAUUUCCACCACUAAUAGCCCCACCAACUUCAGUAAUCCGGGACACAACAUUUGCACCAGCACCCUCACCGCAGUCCGAUGGCUCAGGAACAGGAACACCCCAGUCUACAGUGCCUUCAACAACGUCCAGUUUACUUCCAGGGUUAGCCCCCAUAGGUGGUCCUUCUGGGAGUUCUUCCGCUGCGUCCUCCUUGGUUAUGCCAUUGACCAAUUUCCCAAGUGCAGUAUUGUUAAUCUUGUGCAUCAAAUUCGCGAUGGUCAUCUUAUGAUAGUUAUGAUUGUGUGCUCUGCACGGUUGCUUCAGUAUUUGAACAGUCCAAACUUGUCUUGGUAGUUAAGCCCUUCUAUUUAUUUGUAGUGAAAUUGCAACUCAUUUUGUGGAUUUGGCAAAACCGUGGGGCUUUGGUUUUCCGAUGGGUUUUGUUUACCUCUGCUGCCUUAUUAAGUUAUUAUGCACAGGUCGCCAACUCU